AUGGUGCCUACGUCGGUAUUGGUGUUGUGCGGCCUGCUGUCGGCCUUCUCCGUGGACCCGGCAUGGUCUGCCAGCGGCCCGGUCAUUCAGCAAUGUCCCACGCACGGCGAGAUCGCUCCCUGCGUGUGCACGGUGAAGAAGAAUGGCGGUCUAGACAUACUGUGCGAGUUCACCGACCUGCAGCACAUAUCCAAGACGAUGGCCGUGCUCAAGGGCAAACCGUCGCUGGUCAUAUUCUACCUGAAGCUCCGGCACAACAACCUGCCCAAGUUGCAGGGUUUCGUGUUCCUGGGCAUGGACAUCCGGCACCUGACCAUACACAACAGCACGCUGGCCGUCGUCGAGGAGUCGUCGCUGAGUUCUAUCGGAAAAGCACUCACCCAAUUAGAUCUGUCUCAGAAUUCGUUAAGCAGCGUACCGACUCCGGCGUUGAAGAGCUUAGAUCGAUUGCUGAUAUUCAAUUUGAACCAUAACAAAAUCACCGCCAUCCACGCAAACGCUUUCGAGGGGAUGAGCACGCUGGAGAUAUUGACUUUGUACGAAAAUCGGCUCACUAACAUCGAGGCCAAUGCGUUCGCCGGCACGGAGAAGAAACUGAAACGAUUGAACAUCGGUGGUAACGAAUUGAACCGAGUACCGACCGGAGCUCUGCAGACGAUGGACAACCUAAAGAAAUUGGAAAUUCAAGAAAAUAAGAUUACGUCGAUCAGCGAAGGCGAUUUCAUAGGUUUACAAACACUGGAUAUGCUGAUCCUGGCACACAACUAUCUCAAACAUAUACCUGCCAAAGUGUUUCGACAUUUGCCACUACUGAACUCGUUGGAGUUGGACGGAAAUCAAAUAUCGAGCAUUGACGAAGAGGCUUUUUUCGGUUUGGAAGAAAAUCUUCAAUAUUUGAGAUUGGGCGACAACAACUUGCACACAAUACCGAGCGAAUCGCUCCGUCGUUUGCACAGACUUCGACACUUGGACCUCAAAGCAAACAACAUAUCACAUAUCGCCGAAGACGCAUUCACCGGAUUUGGGGAUUCGAUCACGUUUUUGAAUUUGCAAAAAAACGACAUCAAAACGUUACCGAUGAUGGCUUUCGAGAAUUUGAAUUCCUUGGAAAUAUUAAACCUGCAAAACAACAAACUGACGCGAGUACCGGAAGAAGCGCUCGAGGCAAUCGUAGACACCGCAACUGUUAUUGAUAUUAUGGAUAACCCGCUGAUUUGUGACUGUGACCUGCGCUGGUACAGGGAUUGGCUGAAAGAGUUACGUCAUCGGGAUGACGACGACAUCAUACAGAAGAAGCACAUACUCUGCCUGAUGGAAGAAGAACACAGGGAGUUUAGCGUCUUGAAUUUGCCGGUGGAGAGAAUGAACUGCGUGGGCAAGAAGUACUCGUCGUCGGCCAACGGGAUCGGCGAAGCUCGUGUCCUGUCCCGCAUCCUGAUAGUUUUCGUCUUCGCCCUACACCAAUUCAAAUAA